AAGUGAUCGGUCGGAGGUGAAGCCAGCAGCAGCAAUAUAAUGGAGCACAUCGUGCAUCUACCACACGCCACCGAAGAGCAACGACCGCUCGCCGCCGUUAUACGUGGCCGUGAAUGGCGAUGACAAGGAACGCACGUGGACGUGGGUGCUGGACGUGGAGAAGGCGCUGAGAGGAGGAGGCGGCACGCCCACGAUGACGAUGCAGCAGCGGCAGCAGUGGAGGACGACGUCGUGCAUCUACCUUGUCCCGGAGCGCAACAGGAAGCUAAACAUCACCGCCUACACGCCGCAGCUGGUGUCCUUCGGCCCCUUCCACCAUGGCCUCGCCUCCCUCCGGCCCAUGGAGGAGCACAAGCACAGGGCCCUCCUGCACUUCCUCCGGCGCGCCUGCAAGCCCCUCAGCGAGUUCGUGGCGGCCAUGGAGGGCGCGGCGGAGCAGCUGGAGGGCAUGUACCAGGGCCUCCCAGCCGAGUGGCGCGACAGGCGGCGCUUGGUGCGGCUCAUGGUCCUGGACGGCUGCUUCAUGCUGGAGGUGGUGAGGGCGGCCACCGCGACGGCGGAGAACGACUACCACGUGGACGACCCCGUCUUCGGCUGGCACGGCGCCGUCAACACCAUACCCUACGUCCGCCGCGACAUGCUCCUCAUCGAGAACCAGCUGCCGCUGCUUGUGCUGCUCAAGCUUAUCACCGUCGAGAGCGGGCGACCAGAUCCGAGUGGGAUCAAGAGGCAAGUGCUCAAGUUCUUGUCGCCGAGCACCCAGCUGAUGGACGAUGUCGUCCCCGAGGGGCUCCACCCUCUCCAGCUUUUCCGGUGGAGCCGCGUCGCCGAGCAGAGGAGCACACUAGUCCCGGCGACAAACCCAGGCGACGUGCCUUCUCAUCAGCACCAGCUGGACCAGGUGCCCGCGGAGGCAGAGCAGAGGAGCGACAUCUCGGCAAUGGACCUGCGGGACGCCGGCAUCCACCUGAGGAAGCUGUCCUCCAAGAAGAUCAGCGACAUCCGCCUCGCUGGCCACGUGCUCAGCCUGCCGACGCUCACCGUCAACGAGCUGACGGAGCCCAUCUUCGUGAACCUGGUCGCGUUCAAGCGACUGCACGUCGGGCUCAGCUCGCCCUUCCGCCUCACCGCCUACCUCUUCUUCAUGUCCAAGGUCGUCAAGACCGCCGAGGACGUCGCUUUUCUGAGCUCCAAGGGGAUCAUCAGGAACGCGCUGGACGACGGCCACAAGGUGGCGGAGCUGUUCGCCAGGAUGUCGGCUGACCUGCAUGUGUACCCGCCCGAGGAAGGCGGCAGGCUGGUCAUCCUGCACCAGCAGCUUGAGAAAUACUGCCAGGAGAAGUGGCGCAUUUGGCGGGCGCACAUCGCUCGGACCUACUUCAGGAGCCCAUGGGCGCCCCUCUCCCUUGCCGGCAGCGUCUUCUUCCUCACCAUGACCGCAGCAAACAACAUCUACAAUGUACUGCGGGUGCGGCACUGACAAACUUAUUCACAAGAUUGGGGAUCUAUCUAUUUCUCAACCUUCCCAUCAAACGGGUCAGGCAGUUAGAUAUCAUGUUAUUUUUCAUCUUCCUCAUUUUCUUUCUUUUCUUGGGUGUGCCUAUAUCUUAUAUACUCCCUCCGUUCAUAAUAUAAAAACGUUUUUU